GCCAUAGAAAGGCUUGACAAAGUGGUGUCUCUUUGAGCUCAGUUUAUGUAAGCGCGCCGAUUUAAAUUAUUCAACGUCCGGCUCAACCCCUGUUCAUAAACCACAGCAAAGCCACUCGGGUCUGGUACUCCCAUGUACCAGUCACUUCUGCAACAUACUUACUUGCAUUUCAGGCCCCCUCCCAGUGUGAAACUUAUUCUAACAGAACAAGUCACGUCAGCUAAGGAAUAGCAUCAGAAAGGAAAGAUAAACCCACCAGCAAUCUACCCUCCACCUUGAAGCCGGGGACCCACUGACUGCUAAACGACUCGGGUCAUGAUCCUCUCGUGUUUGUAUGCAAGAAUCCUUGUCACUUCGCUGGCUCUUUUCUGUGCAGGAAUGGUGACAGCGUCUCCAAGUCUAUCCAGUGCAUGGUCAAGACAGGUGGAAUUAGCGAUUGACACACCUUCUCAUCUUAACCCGUAUCCUGAUAAACCACGUCUCACCUUCGGUUCUUCUGGGACUUUCAAACUAACCGUAUUCUCGGAUCUUCAUUAUGGCGAAAAUCCCUGGGAUGAAUGGGGGCCUCAACAAGAUGUUAAUAGCGCACAACUGAUGCGCACUGUACUGGCUGAUGAGAAGCCUGACUACGUCGUACUGAAUGGAGAUCUGAUCACUGGCGAAAAUACAUUUCGGGAGAAUUCCACCACUCUCAUCGAUCACAUAGUGGUUCCUCUGAACGAAGCACAAAUCCCCUUCUCUUCUACCCAUGGGAAUCAUGACAAUUCGCAAAACAUUACGCAUCUUGAAGAAAUACGACGGGAACAGCUCGUUAGUCCUCUGAGCUACACUCGCGCUGCACCACCUGGUAUCGGAGGGGAGGGAGGGCAGGGCACAUAUUGGGUUCCUAUCUACGAAAAAGCGGCCGAUUUGACGCCUGCUUUGAUCCUGUGGUUUUUCGACUCCCGAGGUGGGUUGUCUCCUGGACCCACAUCCGCGCCGCUACCAGACUGGGUGGACGCCUCUGUAGCGGAAUGGAUCAAGCGCGAGACGACUGCAAUGGAAGCUGUGUGGGAUUCAGUAGAAGGCAGAGAGCGAGGAGCAUUAGCCUUUGUACACAUACCUCCACAUGCAAUCGAGAGCGUUCAAAAGACAUUGAACACUACGCGAAACCCAGGGCUGAAUGCCGACACUCUAGGCCAGGGAUCAACACAAGCCACUAUUGACCCGUCAUCAGCCGGAAACGACCAACCGUUCUGGAAUGCAUUGAACACCAAUAUCAAAAACCUACACGCAGUAAUCUCUGGGCACGAUCAUGGUAACGAGUGGUGUGCCCGUGAGCCUUCGAAGGAUGUGAUAUUUUGUUUCGACAAGCACUCCGGAUACGGUGGCUACAAUAGCCCAGGAUGGGGCCACGGUGUACGAAAUAUCGUGUUCUCCUCUGCAGAUCCUGCUAGUGGGCUUGAAACGUGGAUAAGGUUCGAGGACGGACAAACGAGGGCAAGAGUCACACUGGACAGAAACUAUGAUCGAUGACAGUGAUU